AUGCAUCCAAACCACAAUUAUCGGCAUUCUCGACGGUCCGCUUGUGACCGUUGUCGCGGACAAAAGUUGCGAUGCGAGCGCGAUCAUAUGAAUGGCAUGUCUUGUGAGCGAUGCCUUAAGGCCCAAGAGAUAUGUAUCACAAGUAUGAACCAGCCUGCACCAGUCAUUUUACCCUCAAACCAUGGGCAAAAUGUACUUUCCCGAGAUGACUACGAGCACCAAAGAUUCAAUCCAAGGCAUAAAUCAAUGCCUGUGCUUCACAAAUCAUCCGGCUCCGGAGUGAAGAAGUUGGUACAUUCUCCCUCUCUAAUUCCAAGGAGACACAGUAUGAAAGAGCACCACUACUGGGGAGGAGUAUCCCCAAUGCCCAUUUUCCCUGGAGGCAGCUUUCACUCACCCUCAGCGGACUUUGGGUUUAAUAUGCCCCUAGAGCUUGGAAACACGAUGGUCCCCGUUGAGCGGUGGAGUGAUCCGAUUUCAAUGUGGUCACCCGAUGCUUAUGACCUACCUUCUGAUUGGAUACCAUCGGAUCAACUAUAUCCUUGCCAAGCAAAUUAUUCUUUCCCCUCAGCUUUUACCAAUGAUGUCCUACCAGGCGCAAGGCAAGCCACUCAAAUGGCAAUUCCGGAGCCUUUUCAAACUAAGCGUCUGAACUAUGGCGAGAAUGAAUUACCAUUUGGCAUAAAUGAUCUUCCAGAUCCUGCAUGGGUAAAUCAGCCAGACCUUGCAAUUGUAGCCAAGCUUCCCCCAACGACAACAAGCCAAGCAGUUCUCUCUAUGAAAAACAUUCACAAUAGUCUGUUGAGAUUGAAACUGGGACUCCUUGAAGAUCUGGAGUUGUUCGAGAAUAGAUCGAUUCUCCUACAAUCGUCAUCCCUUUUCUAUGAAGAUUCUAAUCUGUCAAUUGAGACACUCGACCUUCCAAUAUAUCGUCUACUCGAGCACAGUUCUUGGCUUUUGGCAAUUAUUCGAUCUUCGUGUGGUACAACGGAAGACAGCUUGGGUGUUACACCUGGUGCCCAACCAUUUAAACCAGAGAGCAUUGGGUACGAUGACUCUUUGCCUAUCCUUCCGGAUGCUGGCGACAGUGGCGGGGAUGAAGGUGCCACCUCUGUAUCCCCACAUGAUUCCGGUUAUCAUACCACGAUGACAUCUCCGGAUCGAACAACGAGUUCCACUGUCCCAAAAUGUGAUGUCGUUCUGUGGCUUGGAAUAUUGGAGGCGCAUUGCUCACUUGUUCGCAUUUAUCGUGCGGUUUUCAUGCGGUUAUACCAGCUGUUUCUCAUCAUCCCUCCAGCUGAUGCAGCCACAAUUCUGUUGUUACCUGAGGUCCGAUUUGGACAGUUUCAUUUAGAUGGAAAUCUCAUUCUCCAAGUUAAAUCAUUAGUUGAGUUCAGCUCUACAAUGAUGGGUAAGCUUGACCAAGCCCUCAAAAUGCGGUCAGGCUUAGCGCAACCCCAAGAGGGUCGAGAGUUCGAUCCAACCGAAACAUUCCGCCAGGAAAAUUGGUCAACCUCAAUCCGGGAAAUUGUCCUAACACAGGAACAGGAUACUUGUGAAAUGUCGUUGAUGGAAAUAAUGGACUACUUGAGGCAACUUGUUAAAGACACAGUGGUUAUUUAA